AUGGCCGAGGGAGAACCUGUUCCGAACGAUGAUCUUGUUCAAAUGAUGACCGCAAUGAGAGAGGAGUUGAGGAACAUGACUCAACAAAUGGGAAACAUUCGUCAAGAACUUGGAGCAAGAAUAGACCGAGUUGAAGCACAACCUAGGAGAGCCCCAGUUCGAGGAGCACAAGUACCAGCCGGUGAUGCGAGUGAUGAUGAAGAGAUGCCCAAUUUGGAGGAUGACCUUCCACCCGAUCCUCUUCAGCAGCGACAACCGAGGAGACCGGAUCCUUUAAGGAGAAAUCCAGCUAAGGUAGUAGAUACCCGAGAGCAAACUUAUGACCUCAAGCUAACACCUCCAACUUUUGCAGGAAAAUCAGAUCCUGAAGCAUAUUUAGAUUGGGAGAGACGCCUAGAGCACAUCUUUGAGUGCUAUGGCUACGCUGAGCGCAAGAAGGUGGCUGUUGCGGCUGCACAGCUCACUGACAAUGUAUUAGCAUGGUGGGACAGAAACGUGCCUGAGAGAAAGAGGCAACGUUUUGGACCAGUCGUCACUUGGAGUGACAUGAAAUUCCUCCUACGACUUAUAAAGGUGGAGAGAGCCCAAUACAGUGGACUGCACGAGUUAUUGCACCUAGCUGUGCAAGUGGAGCAGCAAAUCAAGCGCAAGACAUCUCUCACCAACCGCAACCGAACGAAUCAGACCUGGAACGCCAGCAGCUCUAAACCAAUAGACAAGGGUAAAGCCGUGGAUAUCGAGUCAAGGUUUAAGGGCAAAAGUACUGAGGCACCUAAAUCCAACCGAGCUGAGAGAGGUAAGUCAUCUGGUAACCCCUCGAGAACUCGUGAUAUAACUUGUUUUAGAUGUCAAGGCAGGGGUCACAUGUCAAGGGAGUGUCCUAAUCAGCGAGUCUUGAUCAUCACACCAAGUGGGGACUACGAGUCUCAAGAUGAGCAAGAAGACGAUUCUAAUGACAUGGAUGAGGAGGUCGAGUAUCCUGAUACUGGUGAACUAUUAGUAACUCGCCGAGUGCUAAGCGUUCUAGUUCACCCUGAGGAAACAGCCCAAAGAGAAAACAUAUUUCAUACUAGAUGCACCAUCAAAAACAAGGUAUGUAACCUUAUCAUAGAUGGUGAUUCAUGUACUAACAUGGCUAGCAAGUAUAUGGUGGACAGAUUAGGUCUUGAGAAGACAAAGCACCCUCGCCCUUACAAGUUAAGGUGGUUAAACGAUCAGACUGAGCUCAAGAUCUCUGAGCAAGUAUCAAUACCUUUUAGCAUCAGCAAAUACCAAGAUCAAGUCACUUGUGACGUGGUGCCAAUGCAAGCAGGACAUCUACUACUCGGUAGACCGUGGCAAUUUGACCGAGCCACAACCCACAACGGCCGCACCAACCAUUAUUCUUUCAUGCACAAAGAGCGUAAGUACAAUCUUGCACCUCUCAGCCUCACCGAGGUGUAUGAAAUGCAAGUGCACAUGAACAAAGAGGCCGAGCUAAGCAAAAACAGUCUUUAUCUAUCAUCUAGUGAUAUUUGUAAAACCAUGAGUGCCAAUGGCACUGUGCUACUGAUGAUGUUCCAAGAGUGUUUAAACGCAGGCAUAGGUGACUCUGAGAUACCCCCCGAAGUGCAAGCCAUCUUGAACAGGUUUAAGGAUGUGUUUCCUGAAGAGAUACCCCCAGGGUUGCCACCACUUUGUGGAAUAGAGCACCAAAUUGACUUAGUUCCCGGUUCAGCAUUGCCCAAUAAGCCAACUUAUAGAAUGAACCCCGAGGAGACUAAGGAAUUAGAGAGACAAGUACGAGAUCUAAUGGACAAAGGCUAUAUCCGUGAGAGCCUCAGUCCUUGUGCUGUGCCAGUUCUCUUAGUACCAAAGAAAGAUGGUACAUGGCAAAUGUGUGUGGACAGCCAUGCCAUCAACAACAUCACCAUCAAGUAUAGGCAUCCCAUUCCACGCCUAGAUAACAUGUUGGAUGAGCUGAGCGGAUCCACAAUCUUCUCAAAGGUGGACUUAAAGAGCGGAUACCACCAGGUUCGAAUGCGUGAAGGAGACGAGUGGAAAACCGCACUUAAGACCAUGCAAGGUUUGUAUGAGUGGUUAGUUAUGCCUUUUGGCUUGACUAAUGCACCAAGCACCUUCAUGCGUCUUAUGAACCAGGUUCUUCGAGCUUAUAUAAGUAAAUUUGUAGUUGUUUAUUUCGACAAUAUACUUAUAUAUAGUAAGAACCUUAAUGAUCAUCUUCAACACCUCGAACUAGUGCUUAAAACACUUCGCAAGGAAGGCCUAUAUGCUAACCUUAAGAAGUGCACAUUUUGUACUAAUAAGCUUGUUUUCUUAGGUUUUGUAGUAAGUGAACAGGGAUUACAAGUAGACGAGGAGAAGAUCAAGGCAAUAUGCGAGUGGCCUACACCAACUACAAUCGGUCAUGUUAGAAGUUUUCAUGGUCUAGCCAGCUUCUACAUGCGUUUUGUACGAGAUUUCAGCAUGGUGGCAGCCCCACUCUCCGCGGUGAUCAAGAAAAACGUACCAUUCUCAUGGGGACCGCCUCAAGAGGCAGCUUUUGAAGCCAUGAAGAACCGUUUAACACAAGCACCUGUGCUAGCCCUACCUGACUUUGAUGAAAUGUUUGAGGUGGAGUGUGAUGCAUCAGGAGUGGGAAUAGGAGCUGUGCUACAUCAGAGGAAGAGACCAGUGGCAUUCUUUAGUGAAAAACUAAGUGGAGCCACAUUGAACUAUCCCACCUACGACAAGGAGCUAUAUGCCUUAGUCCGAGCAUUGGAAACUUGGCAACACUACCUGUUGUCCAAGGAAUUCAUUAUUCACACUGAUCAUGAAACCUUGAAGCACUUAUGA